GCCCACGUUCAGUGCAGAUAAAAAAAAUGUGUUGGGUCUGUUUAUCUCUUGCUAUCGAUAUGCUAGUGCAGAUUAAUCGCUAUUUUUUCUUUAGCUAAACGAUUUUUUUUUUCCUAUUCGGCUUACAUUGGAACAUACUGUUAUAUCUGUUCAUGAAGGAUAAUUGCUUGUGUGCUUAUUUCGUUUCUAAAUGAAGAGCUUUUCAAGGAUUUAGGCUUUUUUUUUUUCAAUUGCCGGAUGACUGGUCCGUGUUUGUUUUAAUUUAUGCAAAUCACUUAAUUCUGGGAUUGAGGUAAAUCUUUUAUUGUAAUAAGAUUAUAAUUCAUUAUUUUUUUUUCAUACCAUCCAUGGCAAACUUUAUGGUGGAGAAUGUUAAAGGCAUUGUCUUGGAAGAAUUUCUUUUUUUUUUUCAUUUUUCAUUGUCACUGAAUCUAUAAAUAAUAAUAUAAUAAACUAAUGUAUAUGUUGCUUUGUCGUUGCUCCUCGUCAAUUAUUUUUGCUUUUGCCUCAAAUCAUUCUUUUCACGUUACACUCCCGUUCUUCUUCCUUUAUUUGUUUGCUCAUUGAUUCACCAAAGAAGAAAGAAAAAACAACAUUAAUGGUAUUCCUCUACACUUUCUACUUGUCCUAGUCGGAACAAGUUUGGUAUGUCGAAUUUUUACGCAGGGAAAGACUUAGCCGAUUUAACCCAUGGAACUGGUUAAUUGAGGUAACACUGAAAUCUCUGGGUUCAGGGCUGUGGUGGGGGUCAUGGCUCGGGUUGGGGGGGGGGAUGUGGGGAGGGUACAGCAUGUGUGUGUACGCAUUAUGAAAAUGAUGAUUCCAUUCUUAAACGAUUAUAGAAUAUGCUUUGCGAUAUGAUACACUUUAUGAAAUUCCUUAUCAUGAUUUUGUCAUUACAUUUUUUACAUUCCAUGUGACAGCAGAACUUAUGUAGACAAUGACAGCCCUCGAUUUUUAAAAGUCAAAUUCUUUGCCUCAUUUGUCUCCUUGGGUCAAAAUCCUCUAGUCAUGUGCCUCCAUUGGUCAAAUGCUUCUAAUCAUGUGUCUGUAUUGCUCAAAUAUUCUUCUCAUGUGUCUCCGUUGGUCAAAAUCUUCUUGUCAUGUGUCUCCAUUGUUCAAAUCUUCUUGUCAUGUGUCUCCAUUGUUCAAAUCUUCUUGUCACGUGCCUCCAUUGGCCAAAAAUCGUCUCUUCAUGUGUGUCCAUUGGUCAAAAAUCUUCUGGUCAUGUGUCUCCAUUCAUUAAAUUCUUCUUGUCAUGUGUCUCCAAUGGAUAAAAAUCGUCUCCUCAUGUGUCUCCAUUUGAUCAAAAUCUUCCUCACGAAUUUUCUUUGGGUUACGAUUCAAUUCCAUCAAUUUCCCCACCCAAUAAACAACCUCCUUGUGAAUUUCAACCCUCUAGCUCCUGUUUAUGAGGCAGGACUCUUUAUCUUUGCAUCAUUUGGCUUAAAAGGUAUAAACAAAAUAUCUUUGAAGAAUUUUGCUUUACCUGUAGGAAAGAUCUCUUACAGAAUAAAUACAAUAUCUUCAUCCGUAGAUCUGAAAGAAUGAAGAUUACAGAAAUCGUAUUCAUCACCUUGGCGACGGCCUUGUCCUUGACGAUGGGUCAGUUUGACACAGAUUUUUGUUCUCAGCACAUGGCGGGUACAGCGAAUGACCCCAACCCACCACGUGAGUACUCAAAGAUUUGAAAAGAAGAAGAAAAAAAAAAAGAAACUCUUCAUAUGUUUUUCUUUAUUGUAUAUGAGUAUUUAUGACUGUAUGGAAACCUAUCAUCCUCCUCAUAUCCCUUAGUCCGUGGACCGUUGGGGCGCCACAGAUGACAUGUGAACUAUCCUCCUCAGUUCGUCUCUGUCUUCUUCAGGUCGCACAGCAUCGCCUAGUUUCAGUCCCGUCCACUCUUUGAUGUCACCCUCCAAUCUUUUUCCUCCGUCUUCCUCUUCUUCUCCCUCCUCUCGUUGCGCCCUGCAUAAUUUCUUUGGAAACCUAUAGACAAUCCGAUUUGAGUACUAUAAGACUUAGUUAGUAAUUUUUUAUUUUUUUUAAAAGCAACGUUUGUCUUGUCGUGAUAUAACAUAAACUACAAUGAUGUCUCGUGACUUUUUUCUGGGGGUUGCUCUAUCCGUUUGUUAGUUUGUUUGUUGUCAAAAAUCUUGCAACUCGACUUUAACCCACGUCCUGAUCUCCCACUGAUCUUAACAAUAAGAACAUUUUUUUUUUUGGCUUUUCUGGUUUUUUUUUUUGUUUUUUUUUUUUUUUUUUUAAUUAUACGACUGUAACAACUCUGAAGUUUUAGGUACAUUCGUCUUAUAAUAUUUUUUUUUAAUUUUUAGCGCAUUAUUGGAAAAAACUUUUUUCUUGGGGUCAAAAUUAUAUUGUUUAAUGAAAAAUUUACUUAGCUUGACCGAGAAAAAACAGGACACGAGGAAGGGGCAACAACUGCUGACGGGAUACGGGAAUAUGUAAAAGGGAAAUGUAAAAUAUAACUGUAAACAAUAAAAAAAAAUCAUUUUUUUUAAAAGUCUUAAACAAGAAUUAGUUCGCUUCUUUAAAAAAAAAAAAAAAAAAAAGCUUGAAUUAUAUACAAAUACACACAACAUAAUUUAAAAAUAUAUAUAUAUAUAUAUAUAUACAAGUACACACAACAUAAUUUAAGAAUAUAUAUAUAUAUAUGCCAUUAAAUGAUAGUAUUUUUUAGAUUUCUUUUUGUUCCCUCACGUACCCCAGUAUAUAAUCUCACAUUUAGACUAUAACGUGUUAAAUAAUUCUCUACUGGGUACUAUGUGUUGAUUUUCCUAAUUCUCAUUGGGGAUCGUCCAUUAAUUACGUCAACAGUUUUACACAAUUUUUUACAACCCCCCCCCCCCUGGUCAUUAACUGUCAAACUUUCAGUGUCCCCUUAUUUAAUUAUGUCAACAUUUUAUAACCCAUAGACUAUAACGUGUUAAAUAAUUCUCUACUGGGUACUAUGUGUUGAUUUUCCUAAUUCUCAUUGGGGAUCGUCCAUUAAUUACGUCAACAGUUUUACACAAUUUUUUACUACCCCCCCACCCCCUGGUCAUUAACUGUCAAACUUUCAGUGUCCCCUUAUUUAAUUAUGUCAACAUUUUAUAACCCCCAACAACAACAACAAAAAAAGAAUUAUAAUGUAAAAAAAAUUAUAAAUACAUUUUACUUUGUGCUCAUCUAUUUUAAUGACACAGAAUUGUAGGAAAAUCAUUUCAUUACAUGUUCAGUUAGUUAAUCAAAAAUUUAAAACGUUUUUUUUCGGAAUUAUACAUAUGAUUAUUGUCAGUAAAGCUGACAAUUAUAGUAUAGUUUCAAGCUGCUAUCAUCUUUCAUGGAGUAGCCAGGUGUUGCUCUAUCGUAACAAUGGGCAUGAGGGACAUCAUUUGGGUAAGGCAGAGGGUGCAUUUGCCCACUCCCCUGAAUUUGCAGGUUUUAUUUAAAUUGCUAUGUACUGUGGCGCCUCCAGUAAUAAAAAGUUUUGGUUUUGCCCUUCUCUCACCCCCCCGCCCCCCCCACUGAAAAAAUUACCUGAUGGGCCUAGUCUAUAGUAGUUGAUUCAUCAAUCUCAUCUUGCGGAACUGAUAUACCAGACAAUUCAACAUCAUCCUCAUCUAACCAUUCACAAUUAAAAUUGAAGCAUUGUCGGUGUGAGCAAUAAUUGCCAUAAGCUCUCUCUCUCUCUCUCUGUCUCCUGGCAGCUAAUUGGUCGAAUCCUUGUUUGUUGAGGAGCAGGUGCUAAUUUCUUAUGCUGAAGAGGACACUGUCGGCAAUAAUUGCCAUAAGCUGUCUCUCUCUCUGUCUCCUGGCAGCUAAUUGUUCGGAUCAUUUUUUGUUGAGGAGCAGGUGCUAAUUUCUUAUGUUCAAGAGGACAUUGUCGAUGCUGUCACACAUCCUUUUUUCAACAUGACUUGUGAUGCAUAAUAGAUGUUACAGAUUUUACAAAUCCGUUCAAGCAGUGAUGUUAUAUUAUUGUUACUCGCUUUACAUUCCCCUAGUUCUAAAACUAUCGUAUUCCUACUCUGACAAUAGCAUUUAUCAUGACUGCACAAGACACCUCAAAAUUAUAUGACAUAAUUUACACUCAUUAAAGUUUUUAAAAUAAUGUAAUCACCGGCCAAUUUUAAUUUAAUAGAGAAAACAUGAUUGUUGAUGUCAGCUAAUCUAAACCCCACUCCCUUACCCUUGUCAACAACUGUCAAACAUUUCCGAACCCCCUCCACCCCCCUAUUUUGUUGACAUAAUUAAUAGAUGGCCCCUUGACAUGAUUGCAUUGUUUUAAAAAGCUUUAUUUGUGUGGGGGGGGGGGGGGUAUUUUUUUUUACCUUUCUUUUUUUUUUUUUUUUUUUGUUUUUUUUUUUUUUUUUUUUUUUUUUUUUUUUGUGGGGGGGUUUGGUUUUUUUUUUUUCUUUUGUUUUUUUUUUUUUUUUUUUUUUUUUUUUUUUUUUGUUGUUUUUUUUUUUUUUGGUGGGUGUUGUUUUUUUUUAUUUAAAAAAAAAAAAAAAAAGAUUACAAAUUAGAGAAUAAAAUUUUUAAAAAUACGGUUUUUCAGUUUAAACAUUUCUUCUUUGGUUAACGCAUUAUGUGAAUACAUUAUGUGGCUAUUGCUCAAAUAUAUGUGAACACAUAUGGCUACUGCUAAAUAUAACAUAUGUGAACACAUAUGGCUACUGCUCAAAUAUAUGUGAACACAUAUGGCUACUGCUCAUCUAUAUGUGAAUACAUGUGACUACUGCUCAAAUAUAUAUGUGAACACAUAUGGCUACUUCUCAAAUAUACGUGAACACAUAUGGCUACUGCUAAAUAUAUAUGUGAAUACAUGUGACUACUGCUAAAAUAUAUGUAAAUCCAUAUGGUUACCGCUCAAAUAUAUGUGAAUGCAUAUGGCUACCGCUCAAAUAUAUGUGAAUGCAUAUGGCUACCGCUCAAAUAUAUGUGAAUGCGUAUGGCUACCGCUGAAAUCGGGGCAGUGUUACUAAAACAAUAUCUUUGUGUCAUUUCAAUCUUCCCAACAGCUGAUAGGCCAAGGUUUUUCGACAAUUUUUUCGUCAUGAGUGAAAUAAAGUUGAUGGGGGUUCAGGUUGUUGAGAAUGUGGAAGAAUUCUAUUCCCAGGUAGGUCCAGCACAUUCCCCCCCCCCCCUUUUUCUCUCAUCUCGGAUAGGUCACAUGGGGGGGGGGGGGGUUUAUUUUAACUAAUUUUUUUUAAAUUUUUUCUCAUCUCUGGUAGGUCAAAUGGGGGGGGGGGGGGGUAUUAAUUUAACUAAUUAUUUUUAAAAUUAAUAAUUAUUAUUAUUUUGUUCAAAUCUUUAUGAGUUCAAGUUUUUAUUUUUUUAUAUAUAUUUUCAUUUACGUUUUAAAAUAUAAAUGAUAAAUGCUGGAAAUCUCCUCCAAAGAACACGUCCAUGUCAGUUCAAAAGACUUUUGUAAAAAUCUUGCCCAGAACAAAAAAAAUAUAUAUUUUUGCGUGUCAAUUCACCCUCUCCGUGUCAAUUCACCCUCUCCGUGUCAAUUCACCUCUCCGUGUCAAUUCACCCUCUCCGUGUCAAUCCUUCCUCUCCGUCUUAAUCCAACAUCCACCAUGUCAAUCCACCAUCACCGUGUCAGUCCAAUAUCCACCAUGUCAAUCCACCCUCUCCGUGUCAGUCCAACAUCCACCAUGUCAAUCCAACCUCUCCGUGUCAAUCCAACAUCCACCAUGCCAAUCCACCAUAUCCGUUUCAACCCAACAUCCACCAUGUCAAUCCACCCUCUCCGUGCCAAUCAACCAUCCACCAUGUCAAUCCACCCUCUCCGUGCCAAUCCACCAUCCACCAUGUCAAUCCACCCUCUCCGUGCCGAUCCACCAUCCACCAUGCCAAUCCAACCUAUUCCAUGUCCGGGGAUGGGACCAGUUCCGGGGCCGCCACUUCACCGCCACCAAUUCAUCGCCGUCGAUCCGCCGCCGCCGUUUUUAUCGCCACCGCGUUUCGACGACAAAGGUAUCGAAAUGAUAUAAAAAGAAAAGUGAUGAUAUAGUUUUUAGAAGUGAUUAAAAUAUGAUCAACAUUCAAGAACGCCGAUUUUCAGAACGCUGCCAAACCGAAAAGUUGGUUACCCCAAGUCCCCUUGUUUUUUUUUUUUUUUUUUUUUAUAUAAAUUUUUUUUGUCGUUAACGAUCUGCUUGGCAUUGAGCAUUUGGUAAGAAAAAAAAAAAAAAAAAAAAAAAACACCAGGAAAUAAUUCCGAUCCCUUUCUCACAAUUCCUCUAUCUUUAAGAGACUGCUACGUCUCUGGGUAAUCAGAAGUGUGCGGCUUUCGCCAUCGCACGCGUGCGAAACUCCCGGCAGCGAAAUGGCCGACAGUGAAUUGCUAUAGAUCCUUACAUCCUCGGAAUCCAUCCUCCUCCAUGUCAAUCCAACCUCCUGCGUGUCAAUCCAACCUCCUCCAUGUCAAUCCAACCCCCUCCAUGUCAAUCCACCCUCCAACAUGUCAAUCCAACCUCCUCAAAUGUCAAUCCAACCCAUAUUAUGUGUCAGUCCAACAGAAUCGGUUUCAACCCAAACCCAUCCACGUCAAUGCAACUCACUUGGUAUGAAUACAAACCCGUCAUCCAAGCGCUUUGACUGUCUUAUUUUACUACAAACCCUGAUGGACGUCUUAUUUUACUACAAACCCUGAUGGCCGUCUUAUUUUUUUACAAACCCUAACGGAUGUCUUAUUUUGCUACAAACCCUUAUGGCCGUUUUAUUUUGCUACAAACCCUUAUGGCUUUCUUAUUUUUGCUACAAACCUUAUAGCUGUCAUAUUUUGCUACAAAUAUUAAAGGCUGUCUUAUCGUACUAAAACCCUAAUGGCUGUCUUAUUUUGCUACAAACCCCAUGGCUAUCUUAUUUUGCUACAAUCUUUAAUUAAUGGCUGUCUUAUUUUGCUAUUAAAUGUAACUUGGGUUAGUUUCUCUGGGCCUUAAGUUCAAAUCUUCCCAUUACAAGUUCUGUGUAAUUCCGCUUGUCCUGUCAGGUAUCAUUUGUGACUAAAUAUCUUUAAUUUAUAUAAAUUUAUAGUUUUAAAUAAGCCGCAGAAGCGUAGCUAGAGUGCUUGGCGCCCAGGGACAAGAUUCAUUUUAAAAUGCCCCCCCUCCCUUUCUUCCUUUUUUCAACUCUCAAACCUAUUAUUUUCAUCAAUAAAAUAAUAUGAAAGCGCAUUUUUUUGCCCAUAACUACUCUGGCGCCCUGAGACAUCUGUCCCAACUCUGCCCCCCUUAGCUACGCCUCUGAUAAAGCUGGGCUUUACUUAACAAUGCUGGCCUUCUUUUAGAGACCCAGAACAUGCCAAUUAAUGUUAGUUUUUUUAGAAAGAUUUGAAAAUGCCAAGUAACGCCAGCUUUUGAGAAAGAUUGCAAUAGACCUUGAAAGAACCAAUUUACUUUGACUUGGUUUAGCAAGCUUAAAAUUAAUAAAACAGCUUUGAUCCUAAACAGAAAUUCAACCAAUUAAAAUUUAACCUAUUAAUAUUUUUAUCUAUCAUGGACAAGCUAAGAUUUAGCCAAUCAAUAUUUAUCUCUCAUCGACAAGCUAAUAUUUAACCAAUCAAUAUUUAUCUUUCGUCGACAAGCUAAGAUUUAACCAAUCAAAAUUCAUCUUACAUCGACGAGAUAAGAUUUAACCAAUCGACAAGCAAGCUAAUAUUUAACCAAUCAGUAUCGUCCUUAUUCCAGCAAGCUCAAAUGGUUUAUGUAAACAUCAACUCGCCCUUGACCCCGGAGCAGAUCUGGGUAAACGCCAACUUUGACGAGGUAUCUGUUGUGCCCUCUGAUGGAGGUUUGUCGUGUUGUGCUCUCACGUGACUUGUUAGUGAAUAGUAUAACUUUAGUGUGACAUUAUUGUAGGAGUUGGUAGUUUUAAGGGAUAAUCCAGAGGUGAAUAAGCCAAAUCAAACUGUCAAAUCCUAUCUGGAAUAGCUUUCCUGCGUGGGAGAGGAGGGUAUAUAAUUAAGACUUUGGAAGAGGAACACUGUUUCGGUUUGAAAUCUUGUAGUGAAAUAAUUUUAUUACCAAUAAGUCACUAGUUGUGAAUAAUUAUACAUGGCUCACUCUCACAUACAAAAAAACUUUUUUUUCUUUUAAAUAUAAUUGCGCUUUGCAUUAGCUUUUUUAUAGUAAAUCUGGUAGUAUGAGUAGCCUACGAAUACGCCUUCCUCUGGUGAGAUGGUGUUAUGGUAUUAUGCAAAAGGCCUAUACUAUCUUAAAAUAUGUAUUACCUCGUUAGUAAUUCUUAAAUGACUUAUCUUUCAAACAGAAGUGUGUACGGAUAUUCUGCUAGAGAAGAGCGUGUUUUUCUCCAUGUUCCAUGCUUAUCCUGUGGAGGGUCACUUCAGUUUGGGUACACCGGCAGGUAAUGUGCUCAGAUUCAGAUCACAACUAAAUGACAAUAUAUCAUCAACUUAGAUCAUGGUUUGAUAUUGCAUUCCACGCGCUCUUUGAGGUUCAGUUUGCAUACACCUGCAAGUAAUGUACUCAGAUAGAGAUCACAACUAAAUGCCAUAAAAAUUUAUAAUGUGUGCGUUUAAAUCAAAGGUUUUUUUUUUAAUUUUGAACUACUAUCAGAGCCGUCGCACUGACCCUGACUAUAACUUUAUUCUGUUACAUUAAUAAUUAAUGAGCAAUUGGCGACUAGGGCAAAACCCCUUGAUUUACUUUAAUACAUUUCACUCCCUUCCCCAAAUCCCUUGAUUUAAAUAUACACAUAUAAUAUAUAUACAUUUAAAAUUACGAAUUUUUGUCAAAAACUAGUAGCGAAAAAAUUAAUUCGAAUUAAUUUGAAAGCAUAAAAUCUUGGAAAAUCUGCUCCCCAGAAGCGUGAGAAUCCUAGAAGCGUGAGGCCCUGUGAAACUGCCCAGUGUGUCCAUGCCUAAAAAGAUUGGCACGGCUUCUGGAACCCCUCACCUUUUUUUUUUUUCUUAUGCUAUUGCAUAUAUAGCUUUUAAUGUGAAAAAGAAAGAUAACUCUUCCAAAGCAUGUACACAGUAGAGUACUAGGACCUUACUUCAAAAGCUGUUUUUAUUUUUCAGUGGUUUUUGGCUGGGACAAGUCAGUAAUUAAGAAUGUUGCUUACCAAGGAGAAGAUAUAUCAAGAGGUAAAACAAGAAAUACAUUCAAAAUACUUCUUAAUUUAACUCUAAAUGAUAGAUUUGAACAGCAAGUCUGCAAUGUAGAAUAAGUAGGUAGGCCUAUUACUGAAAAUGAAAUAGACACAUGGCUUUCAUUUAUUUUUUUAUCUUUGACUUGAUAGGCUAUUGUUUGUUUUUUUAUUAUUACUAACAUUGUAGUUUGAAAAAAAAUGUACAUAUUUAUAUAUAUACCUGAUAUAUGAAGAUCAAGAUUAUGUUGAUUUAGAAUUUAAUAUGCAGCCUAUGCCUAUACCCAACUUUAUCCUAUUAACUUCACAUGGAUUUCAUAUACAAGAAGUUAAGUAUUACCUUACAGUUAUAUUGAGGCUAAUAUCUUGAACAAAAAUAUUUUUUUUAAAUUAGGGAUAUGUAUUUGUACAUCCCAAUAUUAUUCAUUUUACUUGAAUAUGAUUGUGUUUUAAGAUGGAUUGGCGUAGUAAAAAGGAUAUUAAUUUAUACUAUUUAAAAAUUUCCUGACAUUGCAUAGAUUGUUUAAUUUUUACUUCAUUGAUUAUGUUUUUUAGGCAUCUUAACAAACAAGUGGUGGACAUGUGAAUAUUUUGAAUUUAAUGACAUCUCAACCUUCACUGAAUGGCAGAUUGUUGGUAUGUAAACAGGCAUUUUUUUUUAACAUCUAUGUUUCAGCAUACGAUCACUAUCAUCAGCUGAGUCAAGUUAAUUGUAUUGCUUUAUUUUAUCAAAGAUAUAUAAAAAAAAUUCUUUAAAAUACCGGUAAUUAAUUAUUUCUGGGAAAGCAUUAUUUGCAGAAAAUAUUUUUAGCAUUAAAAAAAAAGCAUUGAUUUCAGAUCUUGACUUUGAUGCAACAAAUACGGUGAUGGUUUUCCUAACUAUUCAAUAAAUAAAUGGCAUUAUACUUUUCUAUCCAGACCCUAGCAAGUUCCGUCUUCCAGUUGUUGCCAAUAAUGACAGCCAAGUUCCACCCGUUCUUCCGAUUUCUGCUAUAAUUACAUAUUUAAACAAAACCAAUCCUCGUAAUCGAACAGAGUCAACAGUCAGGUAUAUAAAUAUUAUUAAGUAUCUUUAUUUGUACUGAUUUUUUACAUUUUUACUUGUGGUUUAAACAAAAUAACUAUUUGAAUCAUGCUUUUAUAAAAAUCUUCCAUAUAAUUUCCAAAUAUUUGAUUAAAAUACUGCCUUUAAAAUUUCUACAAAAUUUCCACUGCAACUAAAAGAACUUAAUCUUUUAAUAUUUAGCAGCAGUAGUAAUGAUUAUUUUAGGUUUUCCUUAUUAAAUUGUCCCUUUAAAAUCAGGUAAAAAACUCCAAAGAUAUAGCAUUUAUUUAAAAUGAAAUUGGAUCCUUCCAAAAACAAAGAAUUGUGGAUAUUGUUAGUUUGAAAUCAAUAGAUAUUUUAAAGUAAUUAUGAAAGGUAUUUUUACCAAGUUUAGAUUAAUUAAAUGCAACAAUUUACAUAGACGCUUGCAUUGUAACCUAAGCCUUCGUAUAUAACUUUAGUUAUUAUAAAGAAAAUACAUCGUAGAACUUCCUCCACUCAUUUGGAACUUUCUUUUUAUAAUAUCUUGAAAUCUAAUUCAUAACAUUUGAGGAAAAUCCUAAGGACUUACAGAAGCAUAUGAAACUAAAAAGGACAUUUUUUUUAUAAUCUUAAAACCCUUAUAAAAAAUCAAACAUUCUAGAAUAAGGUAGAAACUUCAAAAAGCUUGAGAAAAUUCCCAGGAAAGUAUAGAAAUCUUUCAAACUAAACUAAAAUUUCCAUAAACUUUUAGAUCUCAUUGAAAUUUUAAAAACCUUAAUAAUCUACUUGAAACUAUAUAGAAAUUGCUGGAAAUGUUCAGAAUUUUUAAAAAAAAUCAAAUGUAUUGAAAAAAAUUGCCUCUUCUAUGUCAUCAAUAUUUUAAUACUAAAACAUCUAAAACAAAAUACUGCACCUCUAAACAUUUACCUUUAAAGUUCAAAUAAGGCUCUGAAAGGGACCCAUUCUAUAAGAUGAUAUUUUAAAUAGCACUAUACAUUUUCUUCAGAAAAAUAUUGAAGUUAAAAUUUAGAAAUUGUCCCAUGAAAAUCAGAUGAAAAAAAUGCAAGAGAUAAAGCAAAUGUAAGAAAAAUUAAAUUAGUACCCCUGGCCCCAGCAGCAAUGAAUAAUUUGUAACAUAGAUUUUGAAGUGCAUUUGUACCAAGUUUAAUCUAGAUUUAGCUAUUCAUUUUCGUUUUAUUUAUGAAGCUCCUACUCCUACAAGAAAAAACGAAAAUUUGGGCCCCCAACCCUGAAAAGGAUAUUUUUUUUCAUUUAAGCCCCGUAAGCAUUUCCUGAUGAAUAAUGAAUUGCUAUAGCUAUGCAUUCCAAGUCUUUUCAAGAUACAUUAAUCCAUGUUGAAACAUAUAUGGUACAAUACAAACAGACAUAUUGUCUCAUGUAUAUAGUAGAUAAUGUUAUAAGUUAUACCAAAAAGUUACAUGGAUUAAAAUUUAAAAUCUUAUUAAGAGAUUUAUAUGGAUAUUUUGUUUAUUAUGACUUGUGACUAAAUAAAAAACAAUCCUUAUUACAAGUAAUUAAAAAUCAUCCUUAUUACAAGUAAUUACAAAUCAUCCUUAUUAAAAGUAAUUACAAAUGAUCAUUUUUCCUGUAAUUAAAAAAAUGUAUCCUUACAUAUUGAUGAAUACUGUUAUAAAGUUUAAUGGUUUUUCAUAGUUCAUUGUGUUGCACCCUUUUUAACUGAAACCAUACAAUUAGCUGAUGUCAGAUAAAAACUCUAGAAGGAAACUUAUGGUUUAUAGCAUCUAAGAAGCUAGUAAUGAAUGCACAAAAUGUACAUAAUUUUAUAUAAAAAAAGGGAUAUCAAAUAUGGACUGAAACUGUUCCAUAUGUAAAAAAAUUGCUUUUGAGACAUUGCUAUACUCAUAACAUGCAUACACACACAUUCAGUGGCAUCAUUUCACUAAAUGCCGAUUUAGUGCUAAAUCACAAAAUUGUGAUUCUCCAUUCCCCACACACAUCUACUAUAUAAAAAUAAAUUUGGUCAUAAAAAUAAGAAAGAAACCCCAGGACGGUAAAUCCCUUGGUACGCCAAAGCAACCCUCAGGCAUCCCUUUCAGCUAUGAUGUAAUAAUUCUAAUCUAAUGUUCAAACCCAUUUAUACCACAUAAUGAACAGUACUUUUUUUAAAAUGGUACAACACUUAGUUCCAUAUAUUUAAAGAACAAGAUUGCAUUAAAAAUCUAACCUGUUGAUGAAGAAAUUAUUUCAAAUAUUUUUCUAAACCAUACAUAGAAUAGAACGUUGUUUAAAAUGCAUGCAUUCAGUGAAAACUUUCCUAAAAUGGAUGAUUUGAAUAAAGGCUUAUUAAACAUGCAUACACCAAAAAAAGCUUAACUUGAAUGUCCCUGAACAUCCCAGAAACCAUUAAAUUUGAAAAAUAUGAUUGAAAAAAAAAAUUUCCCUGUGCCCACACAUUUUAAGAUUUUUAAAUUACAUCCUUUGUGAUAAGGGAACUAUGACCAAACUUCCCAGGAACCAUCUAUAGGUCAGGAGGAAUGAACAUGUCAAAUUUGGUUGCAAAUCCAUUAUUUGGUUUUCUUGUGAUUAAUCAACCCAUAAACAAAAAUACAUAGUUGCACUGAGCGUUAUUUACUAGAUCAAGCAGCUAAUUUUUGUAGUCAUUGUUUUUUCAUUUUUAAUACUUAUUUACUUCAGAUUUAUUUAUUAGAUAGGCCUACAUUUCUUUUCUUAAUGUUUUAAUGCCUUUAAUAUCAAAUACUUUGAACAUUUUCAUUUAUUUAUAAUGUAACUUUGUGUUAAAUAUCAAUAGGGCCGACUUCAAUCAUUUUCAGAGAAUUCAGUCUACCGAUCGACAUUUUCAGGUAAAGCUGAUACAAUCAACCCCUUUUAGUAAUAAAUAAAUUUAUUUUCACUGAAUUUAUUUUUUUGAGCCAUCUAAUUUUGGAACAAAACUCAAGCUUAAAACAUGACUCACUUCCUUAGUUUCAAUUAUUUUCUCAAGUAGGCAUGUAUUUUUUUGCAUCAAUUUCUAAUAUAAGUUUAGUCACUUUUCUCAAAAUAUUAGGAAACUUGCUUAGAAUGUGUAGGCCUGUAAAAUUUUUUUAGAAAUAACAAGGUAAAUUUAGUUAUUGUGUGUGUUUUUUUUUAAAUUUUUUUAUUGUUUUUUUUUUUUUUGGAGGGGGGGAGGGGUAGCUGCGUGAGAGAAUUUAAAGAAAGAAAGAAAAAGAUAAAGAAGAUAUAAUAUUCAAUUGUAAUUUUAAGUUAUGAGCUAUUUCAAUUAUUAGAAUAGAACCACAAAAAUUUAACCUUGAAAAUUUUUUAUCUUAAGACUGCCACAAUCUGUAAAAAAAAAAAAAAAAUGUUCAAAAUCUAUUUUAUUAAUUUAAAUAUAAUAUUUAAUUGUAAUUUUAAGUUAUGAUCUAUUUUAAUUAUUAGAAUAGAACCACAAAAAUUUAACCUUGAAAAUUUUUUAUCUUAAGACUGCCACAAUCUGUAAAAAAAAAAAAAAUGUUCAAAAUCUAUUUUAGUAAUUUAAGGACAAUCUUAAAAGCAGAAAUUUAGAAUAUAAUUGUCAUUAAUUGGUAACUCUUAUGUUGAAUACUGUCACAUAAUGCAAGAAAAGUUAGUGGUAGCCUUUAAGUAUUAGUUAUUUAUAAUAUUUUUUUUUUUAUUAAUUCAAUUUUCAUUAUUGAUUUUGUCACUAACCAACAAAAUGUAUCCAAAUCCAGCUAACUCCAAACAUGAUUUGUGCAAAUUCUCCAUCUGCACAAGUUCCACUGCCAAAGAUGCCUAACUACUUCCGUUUCAAGGGAGAGCAAGUUCUAAUAGAAAAUCCAAGCCCACCCUCUCUGACGUAUACCAUAGUAAGUUUGAAAUUUGAAUUUCCAAUGGUAAAGUGGAAAAAAGGAGAUUUUUUUUUUUUUAAAGUUAAAAUAUAUUAAAUCAUUUUUUUAAUUUAAUUCUCAUAUACUCAUCAAAAGCAUUUCUUGGUAAUAAUUUAUAAACUCAAAUAGGAGUAUUUAAACAUCAGUUAAGCAUCAUAACCUAAAAGAUGUCUUUUGAAAUCAUAAUUUGCUUUAUUGAGCUCAAACAUGUCUUGUCAAAACCUAAUUUAGCUUCAUAAACUGAACCAAAUCUUGUCGAGACAUAAUGUUGGGCUUUCCAUUCUUUGAAUGGGGGAAAUUUUUAUUUUAAAAUUUUUAGACUUUUCAAUUGUUAAAUCUCAUAAUAAUAUUUUUACACAUUAUUUUUAAGCCUACAAUAUGGAAUAUGAAAAGUAAUUAUUUUCUUAUAUUUAUUUUUAGGAACAGUACAACCACGAUCAGGGUAUUUUUAUUCAAGACUUGGUUAAUGCAGCUGAUCAAGGCAUGGCCAGUGACAAGUCAUACACUCGAGUGGUAACAGACUUCAAUUCAGGUCAUUUCAUACUCAUAUUUUUACUUCAAAAAUAGUUUCGCAAAAUUUUAAAUAAUUAGAUUGUGUGUCAUAAGAUAAAAAGGUGAUGAGGCUUUUUGGAGUCAUGAGAGCUUAUUUAGACACAAAUUCCUUCCGCAUGGGGACUUGGUAGUUUCUAAUAGACAAAAAGUUUCAAAGUGUGCAGCUAGACUCCCAAAAUAUGAUCAAGAGCAACUGCCAUAAACAAUCCAAUUAAUUCCAGACAGCCUUACAAUUAAUACAAAUUUUUUUGUUUAGAAUCAGUGUUGAACGUUUAUCUUCUAUUCAAAUUGUCAAAGAUGGGCAACAGUUUUGCAAAAAGUUUCACAUUUCAUUUAAUAAUAGCUAGCUAGGAUAAAAGUUUAUGGUGCAAUUUGGUCAACUUUAAUUUAACAAUGGUCUAAAUACCAUUUUUUUUUUUAAACAAAAAUGAUAUGGAAGAGUGAGCUUAAACUUUUGGCUCCCGAAAUUGAUUUUUUUAGUUUCAUUAGUUGCAUUAAGUGUAGUUAUUUAUAAUUAGACACUAAGUAUAUGUGCGUUCAAUGGCAAGUUGGAUGAAUUGGGAGGUGGGGAUUGGUAGUAUAAUGUUAUAACCCAUUCCAGAUGACUGACCCCCCCUUAUAUUUUUAGCUAUUUCUCUUUGGAUGGUUGUCAUAUGCCAGUAGAGAUUAUUAAUUUGGAAUGAGAAAAAAUGAAUGACACGACAGAGAAAUAUACCUUAUAAGCAUAUCAGUCAACCUGACAUGUCUCAAGACAGAUGCUGAUUCGUCAAAGAUAAGUGCUUAAGCCUGGCCUCAUACUCUUUCUCUGGUAUCUUCACAGGUCGCAAAACAAUUACUUUCUGAUGUAUUACCAUAUUUAUAGAAUUUCACUAAUUCACUUUACAGGGCUCACAUUUACAGUGAACUUAAAUACUGGUACCUGUGACGUCAAUAAAAUUGAUGCUGGUAAUGUUGGUGCAUUCAGCUUGGCUUCGGGGUUUGUCCAAAUGAGGGACGCCAACCAAUUUUUUGACUUGGAUUCAGACAACUACACCUACAUGGGGAUAGUAAGAACAGGAUCCAUGUUAUGAGUUUUAAAUAAAAAAAGAAUGAGGAAUUAAAGAGGGAAUACAAAUAUCUUAAAAAUCUGCAUCACUGCUGUCUUCAUUAUCUUAUUUAUUUUAUUAAACACUUUUUUCUAGGAAAUAAUAUUAAUAAUACAAUGUUAAGUUGCGUGUACCAAGCAAAUUUUUAUAACAAGAAACAGCCAACUCUUGUCAUUGAAAAUAAAAAUCAUGACUUGUUGAUGAAUUUUUUGAAUCUGUUUAAAUAUUGGACAACUCUGUCAAUUAAUUCCAUCCAUCCCUGUGGCGCUAUAGCCCAUGUAGGGCUUUAACCUACCUCACCACAUCCUUCCAUUCAAAAUAAAUUGAUGCUUUUCUUUUCUAUGCUUGGAUUCCAAGCUGCUGUAGAGCUUUUUCCACAUAAUCCAUCCAUCUAAGCCUAGGUCUUCCUUUGAGCCGUUAUCCUCUGGGGUUUUGGUAGUGUACGCAUUUCACUACUCUUUCAUUUGGCAUUCUUGAUAAGUGUCAUGCCCAAUUAAAAGUUAAAUAACAUACAAGGCAUCGAGUCUCCUUAUCUUAGGCCUAAUCUAAUUUAAAUACCAUUGAAUAUUCACCCUGAACCUUGAUUUUUACUUUUUUGAGGAAUUUAAUGCUAUAUUUAUCAGUCUAGUCAGUUUGUUGGGUAUGCCAAACUCCUGUAGAGUCUCAUAUAUAUAUUUAUACUGUCAUAGGCUAUUCUAUAGUCCACAUAGAGUUUAUGUACUUGUAUAUUAUAUUUGUAAUAUAUACGAUGGUGAAAAUCUGAAAAUUGAUCUGUUUUGUCUUAAUCCACAUUGGUAGUCACCUAGUAUUUGUUUAAUGCAUAGUUGUAGUAUUUGGCAAUCAGAUGUGUCAGUAUUUUGUAUGCAACAGGGAAAUUCCUCUUUAGUUUGUGAAUUGGGGAGUUUGGAACCUUUCUCGUGGAUUGGGUUUAUUAGUGCUGUUUCCCAUUCUAUUUGAAUUUUCUCUUCUUGCCAAAUAUUAGUUUUAUGUGUCUGAGUGGUUAGUUCUCUUCCUCCAUAUUUAAUAAAAUCUGAUGUGAUGAGGUCUUCUCGAGGGGCUUUGUGAUUUUUUCAUAGAAUUGAUUACUUUUAUAAUUUAUUCCAAAGUUGGGGAGUUAAUUCAAGGGUCUGGUCCUCCCUGUGGUGGUUAAUAAUCUUCAUCUUGUCCACUGACUGAGUUUAGUAUUCCCUCAAAAUAUUCAGCCCACCUCUCCAGUACUUUACUGUUUUCCAUAAGUAAUUCUCCAUCACUGCUCUCACACAUCUGAGGUGUGGCUUGGUAUCAUUUCUUUUUGUCUUUUAUCUUGAUGAACAUUCCUCUGCUAUUUCCCUCUCUUGAUAAGUCUUCUAUUUCUUUUAGUUUAGCUUUCUUCUUUCUUCAAUCCAUUGAUCAUUCUGUACCCUUUGUUUCAGAGGGGUUUGAGAUGUAACUGUGCAUGGUUUUGAAGGGGAUACUUCAGUGGUUGCAAUGGCUACUUAGAGAUGGUAUUAUGAACUGGGGGUUGGAAGACAAGAGGCAAUAGACACAAAUGUGUCAGGUGUGGUCGCCUCAACUGUUGCUUUAGGAAGCUUGUUCCAAUCCCUUAUUGCCUUUGGCAGUUACUUCCCUGUCACGGAUGGCUUCGUGAUUCUUCUUGACCUACCCCUCAUGGCGACACUUAGAGAAUCGCCCCUGAAAAUGAUACCUUUUUUUCUUCCUACACAUUUUCAUGGCUUUCCUUCCUUUCAUUUAAUUGGUGGCCUAUCAUUUUUGUAUAACUGUGGGUGAAUCCUGUGAUUUCAUUAAAAAAAAAUAUUUUUUUCAGAACCGUGUUGAGGGUCGAGGGAUUGACUGUGAUGUGUGGAGUGCUUAUUUCACUGGCUUUAGUCCCGAUCAUGCUCCUGACACACUAUAUACAUGGUAUUUUGCAAAUGUAAGUCCCUUUUUUUUUAAUGAGAUAAAUUUAUGUCCGACACUUAAAUGGAAAUGUUAAAAUUUUCUAAUUUAAGUUUCUUUGACUCACAAUGUAUACCAUUUUAUCGUAAUGUAUACCAUUUUAUCAUAAUGUAUACCAUUUUAUCACAAUGUAUACCAUUUUAUCAUAAUUUAUACCAUUUUAUCAUAAUGUAUACCAUUUUAUCAUAAUGUAUACCAUUUUAUUCAUGUGCAUAGCUCUCAAUCACAAGCAGUGUGGUUUACAAAUCGGCUGUAGUCUUUGCAUGUUGCUUUCAAAUUUCUCCUUUUGACAUAUAUAUGCCUAUUGUUUAGAAAUGGAGAAAAAAAAUCCUCUGAAUCUAUUUUAAGGUCACCAAGACAUACUUGGAUGCCAAAGGGGGGAAAAAAAACAUUGUAGGAAAAACAACUCUAUCAAAAUUUGAUUGAUACAAUUGCCUGGAAAUUUGUGAAUUUAAGUUACUAUAUUUUAGAGUUUCAUUUAUUAUCCUCCAGUGUAUACUAAUGAGAAUAUUUAAACGAAUUAUAUUUUGAGUCUUGUGUAUUAAAUAUAUACAUAUAUAUACAUAUUUAUAUUGAAUAUAUUUGCAUAUUCUUGAUGUAUACAGUCUAACUGGAUGACAUCACAGGGUUAUGAAAACACUUUCCCGAUGCCAGUGAUGCUUGAACUCACCUCCUCAACUGUAAGUUGUUAAAAUUAAAAAUUGAUAAAUCAAAGCACAUAACUUAUGAAGUUAAUUUUAUCUGAAAUCUUUUUUCAUUUAAAUUUUAACAUUUGUGGGUACAAUGUUUUAUGGGAGAAAUCCUUACCGCAAAUGUUAUCUAGAAUGACUUUUCAGUGCUCAGGUUUGAUAACAAUUCAGAUAAAAAAUGUAAUUUUUUUUUUUUAAAUGUCAUGGCCCCUAGAAGUUGAAUAAUUGGUUUUCAGUGAGCUCUUCAUUUUUAAUCCUCCACAAUUUGACUAAUCUUAGAGCAUCCCAGCUUCUGUAUGAACACAACAUAAUAAUUUAUACAAAUUGUUUUUUUCUGUCUCUCCAAUAGCGACUAAUUCAGUUCCACUUUUAUGAAUACAGUACUGAUCAAUCCAUUGGAUUAACUGACAUUUCAGCGUGCUACACACCAGACAGUACAAUGAACAUAAAGAUGUAUAUAACUGGUCAGUUUGAUUCAGAAUCUUCUUUUUUUUUUUUAACCAUGGACCCUCUUUUCAAGCUUUGUGGUACCCCUUAUCUUAUAGUUUAAUUUUAGGAUCAUCUCAAUUCUGAGAUUCCAUUUCUUUAUACAUAGAUCAUUAAAGAGUCAUUACUAAUUCUUAACCAGUUAAAAUAUAUAUAUUACUGUGUCUACGAAUCACAAAACCAGAACCCUCUUUUAUACUACCGUAUUUUAUUUUAUGUUACCAUUGCAGGUAUUAUAAAUAAUUUCAAUGAUAUCAUUGUAAACAAAAUAACAAAAGAUACCUUUAAAUUACAGUGAAUAGAGGGGUUUGGGGGGGGGGGGCGCAAGAAAAAUUGAUACUAAAAAAUUAUUUUUUUAGAAAACCAAACUAAAGCUGUGUUUUGAGCAUUUACUCAAGACCAAAAAAACUUAUUGCUUUAAUAUAAUGGGUUGAAAAAUUUAAACAUGGUUUACAGGUUGGAAAGAGAUUGGGUGCUCAAUCCGUGUCUGGUUGACUUGACAAACUUAAAUGGUGCUUAAAACAUAAUAAGAUGGAUUCAAAAUGCACAUGCAAUUUCUCAUAUUCUCAAGCGUUAUUCCUAAUAUAGUAAUAAUCGUAACACUAAAUGAAGCCCUGAUUUCUAUGCCCUUUUGAUCUGUUGCUUUGUUUUAUGUAACUUCCAUCUAUUUGAAAGUUUUCUGUCAUUUCCACCUAAUAGAGUCCAAUUUUUUUAUUCCAGGUCGCUUUGACCAGCUGUUUACGCCCUUCCCUCCUGGGCUCCGCAACGGUUUCAUCGCUGCCCUCACUGGGUACACAAGUCUCAAGUCUCCCUUAAGAAUUUCAUCAUUAGAUGUAAGUUUUUAUCGUACAAGAAAAAGUGGAACAUUUUGGUAAGUUAAUUAGUGGAGCAUUUUGGUAGUCAAAGUUUGUUAGCAUGAUGUUAUCAAAAUAGUGGAACAUGCUUGUUAUCAGAGUAAUGGAACAUUUUGGUAAUUAAAUUAGUGGAGCAUGUUGGUUAUUCAAGUAGUGAAGCCCAUUUGUUAUAAAAGUAUUAGAACCUAUUGUUAACCAAUAUAGUGGAGCAUGUUAUUAUCAAAGUAGUGGAGUAUGUUGGUAAAUAAAGUAGUGGAACAUGUUGUAAUCAAAGUAGUAGCACCUUUUGUUAUCAAAGAAAUUGAACCUUUUUGUGAAAAAUUCAAUAUUAAAUAAACUCAAAGGGGUUUACGAAAUUUGAACAUUCUAUGCCACAGAAGUAUAAAUAAUCUAUUUUCAAGGUAAAAUAAAAAAAAAAAAAAGCCAAUCAUAUACUAACAUAUGACACACUGGCAAUGACAAUUCAAACUUUUAUUGAAGAUAAUAACUUAUUAAACAUCUUAAACUAGAAAAAUUUGCGUAAAAUGUUUUGUCAUCAGAAAAAGAAGAACAAUUAUAAAAUAAAAUUUCUUUCAUUUCAGUUUCAACCAGCUCCCAAUGAUGAAACUAUGGUACAGUUCAAGCUUUUAGAUAAACCAACACUACCUGGAAAUGUUGAGAUUGCACUCAAGCAAACACAAAAUUCACAAAUAUUUAGUGAGCUAUCAAAUAAAGUAAAAUCUGGGACUUUUUCAAUAGAUAUUGCUAAUUCGGUAAGAAUGCCUUGUAGAUUUGGUAUUUUGAAACAAAAUAUUAUUUAAAACUAUUGAAAAGUAAAACUCAGAUUUAAAUAUAUGAGUGAAAAGUAAUUCUAUUGAUAGAUUUACUCACACUAUAUUUUGUAAUAAAUGACAUGGUUUUUUAUUGAGUCUUGGACCCAGUAUAAUAAAUGUCACGGAUUUAUUUAUUUUGGAACUAUUGUAAUAAAUGCCAUGGGUUUAUUGAGUCUGGAACUAGUGUAAUAAAUGCCAUGGAUUUAUUGGGCCUGGAACUAGUGUAAUUGUAACACAUGCUCUGACAUCAUUGUAACUUAGUGGGUUAUGUCAGUAGCAUGGUCACUUGUUUUAUGUUAAUAAUUCAGGAUACCGGCUAAGACUUCUUCGUUCUUCCACUUAUUAUCCAGGCACGCAAAUAAGAAUACUGAAUCCUGGUUAAACUUGCAGUACUUUAUUGAAUCACACUUUACACUGAUAAUAAUAAUAAUAAUCCUUGCAUGAAUGUAAUCAUUUCACAUGUAUAUAUAUAGUAUUCCAUCACUCAGAAAGACACGUCCUCACUCUACUAUAACUCAGCUCAACUGUCCUCUAACCCUGACUCUACUCUGACUAACUCUUCUUCUUUCAAUCAACUCAACUGCCCCUUUUAUUACCAGCAAAGCGUGGAAACGACCGAUUUGACAAAAACAUAAUUUACUCUCCAAAAACGUGGAGUUCACAUUUGCUUCUCAAAAAUACAAUCCACUCUACUCGUGGAAAAACAUGGUCAACACAAUUCACUGUUCACUCAUGCUACCUCUCUGUUUUCUUGUGAAAACAUAGUCCGUUACAGUAAUAAAUGCCAUGGAUUUAUUUGGCCUGGAACUAGUGUAAUAAAUGUCAUGGAUUUAUUGGGCCUGGAACUAGUGUAAUAAAUGCCAUGGAUUUAUUUAUUCUGGAACUAUUGUAAUAAAUGCCAUGGAUUUAUUGAGUCUGGAACUAGUGUAAUAAAUGUCAUGGAUUUAUUGAGUCUGGAACUAGUGUAUUAAAUGUCAUGGAUUCAAUGAGGUGAAUAUUUGUUUCCACAUUUAGGAAGCACAAGGUCCAGGAAAACGAACUGUCUAUGUCCGGUCCAAUUCUGUGCAAAUUAUGUCAGGCUCCACCAGAAUACCCCCAACAAGCUCCACUUCCACUAGCUACUCAGCUGGUAAAUAUGUUUCUCUUAAGAAAUUGUUUUUAAAUUUAAUGUUGUUUUAUACCUUGAUACUUGUUUGAUUGAAUUCAUGAAUAUUUUCUCAACAGCAUUUGAUUUCUAUUCCACAAAUGAAUUUUAGUUAGUCUAUAUAGAUGAAUGAAAUUAUCCCUCACUUUUCAAAUUAUUUCUUAUUUAAGUGACAGUAAGAUUGACUUAUUCAAAAUGAAUUUUUAGAUUUCUUUUAAAAUAACUUUCCCUUAUCCUCAAUGUUAAGCAUUUAUUUUUUUUAAAAGUUGUCUAAGAAAUCCCUAAUUAUAUUUAAGUUUAGCUUGAAAUAAGCAAACACAAAACAUAAAUUAAACUCGCCAAAAAAAAUUAUUUAAAAAAAAAAAAAAAAAAAAAAAAAGAGAACUUCUAAAACACGUUCCUUUCAAUACUUUUAUUUAUUUUUUUUAAAAGUUGUCUAAGAAAUCCCUAAUUAUAUUUAAGUUUAGCUUGAAAUAAGCAAACACAAAACAUAAAUUAAACUCGCCAAAAAAAAUUAUUUAAAAAAAAAAAAAAAAAGAAAGAAAGAGAACUUCUAAAACACGUUGCUUUCAAUACUUUUAUAUACAUUUCUACAGUUUUACCCCUCUCCCCCAACCCUCACUUUCCCAAUAUUAAACACUCACGUGGGCUAUUAGUUGUGCCUUAUUUACUUAUUUACUCAGCCUUAAGGUAUGCCUUUUUUGUGUGCAAAUGUUAGCGGAGGCUGGAGAACACAUAGCUUAUUUUAGCGGUAUUGUUUGAUGUUAGACUAGUGACAUUCUCACAGAUCUCAUUGGUUGUAGUCUCCCCUCUCCGGUCAUUAGUUACAUUUUCGGUUUCUGCUCUUUGUGGGAAAAGAAAGAAAUCCAAAAAUAUGUGUUGCUCUAUCAAAAUUAAAUUUAAUUACUAUGUGUAGAUAAAAAGGUUUAAUUGUGAAGUUCUUGUCUCUGGCACCUUUAAAAUGUUUCAUUUUUUUAUCAUCUGACAGGUUCCAUGGCUGGCAUAGGCAUUGGAUUGCUCGUGGCAGGUGUCCUAUUUGGCGUCUUGGGAAUUUUUCUGUUUAAAAGGUUUCGUGGGGGAGGUGGAAGCUCGGGUAUAGGCAUGGAAAAAAUGGGCAAUGAAUCCAACUCCUAGAUAAAAUGUUUAACUUUGUUGGAUGGCUGUGCCAUGAAUCCAACUGCUUAAUAAAUGUUGACCUUUUUUUGGGAUGAUUGUGUUUAGCAAUAUACACCUACUUGUAUCAUGUACAUGAGAAUGAUGUCAAUGUUAUGCCGUAAGUUAUUUUAAUAAUGGAAGGCGCCUUAGCUCUGUUACAGCCAAAUCACUUAACACCAUUGUCGUUGAACAUGUCCUCAACAUCUGUACAAAAGUGUAUUGCAAAAUGUAUCAAGUUGGUUUAUAUUUAACUUAGAAUUAAGCCUUUCAUUUCAUUAUUCACUAAUAAGGCGUGGAGUAUACACUGUGGACAGCACAUUUCACUUUUAUCAUUAAGGUUAUUUAUUUAUUUUUUCAAAGUUUUUAUAUUCAUUGUGCUAUAUUCCCCUUCACUGAGUUGAAUUAAAAAUCAAUAAAACAAAUGAGAACGUGAUUUCAAUGCAUUAUUUCAAGUAAGACAUCAAUAAUUAAUACCCUUUGUGUAGUCGUUUCAUGUACAUGUAACCCAAUCCAUAGGCAGCUUUUAACCACUUCAAUUGACU